UUUUUUUUUCGUAUCAGAACAUCCUGUUGUUGGCUUAUUUGUUUACAUUGUAACAAGACUUAAUUUAAACUAAAAAAAUGAUUUUCCCAGUUUUGUUUUUGUUUUUUUAUAUUGACAGAGCACUGUCUAAUGACCAGAGAACAACAGGGUUUUCCACAUUCGGAAGGCUGUUUGUACUUGCAUUUCCAGGGUCAGACGUGGACAUCGAAGUGGACAUGCACCUUCAAACUCAUGAGCACAAUCCAUUUAGAGUGAACCUUACGACAAAGUGGCACCCCAAUAAAACCGAGCAGUCUGCAAUCAUCAGAAACUUUCUCUACGAAGUCAUUGUCCUGACUGUUGACGAAACUAUCAAACUUGAACCAGUAGUUCAGACUCGUUUCACGUACCACUUGGAAGCUCUGUACCCUUUCCAGGUUUUGUGUAUGUUCUACUUGCGUGACAUAGAAAGAAUGAUGCAUUCUCUGACCUACUUCAUGGCUGUACCAGUGGAAGGCUGGGCUCUACGUUAUCUGGUGCCCUACGCAGGAAAAUGGCAGUCCAUUCAAAUUAUAAACGGCCAGAGCAGACAGGCAAUAUCUUUGUUACUAAAGUACCGUGGCAAUGUAAAACUAGUACUUGAGUUAAAUGGCCAGACACUUUCUAUGAAGGAGGAAAAUCGUAUCUAUCUUUCAGAAUUUGAGGCCUUCAGUCUUCAGCUGUGCACUGAGGAAUUAAAAUGGGAAAACUUAGCUGGUUCUCUCAUUUGGGCAGAGUAUCCAUUUUCUGUUUUACACGGAAGCUGCAUAAUGAAGGAAUACAUGGAACUGGAACAUAAAUAUGAGUGCUUGGCGGCCUUUUCCUUAGAUUAUGUACUGCCGUUGACAGAGUAUGCCAAACAUUUUAUCAUUGUCAAGUCUGUACAUAUACGGGCCUAUGUAGUGGUCGUGUUUGAGAAAGAAAGGACAAAGUUAAAUUAUAACAGAAUUGAUUUACCUGAUUCAAAACCUAAAGAAGUUAGUAGAAAAUUAGGAAACUUAAUUGGACCAGCAGAAUUGACCACCAGUCACCCGGUUGUAGUGGUCGUUGUCUCAAACGCCGGCUGUUCUUUUUACAGAAAACAUUCCUAUGGAGACAUCACCAUUGGCUUGAUAGUACCUUUGGGGCUUUUUAUCGAUACCUAUUUUUGGCUAUAUAAAACGACAACUUAUCCUACUGAUGACUGUUUGCUGCUUGUGUACAAACGUUUUCAAGAGAAAUACAUUUACAUAGAUGACGCACCCAUUACUAAUAUGGCAGGAAAGAUAAACGUGUCAGGGGUCAACGAUUACGUGGCCCUAGAUGUUGAGAUUCCUGUGAAUUGGAACAUGAUUGUCCAUCAGGUGUACAGCAAAAAUGCACACAAAUUCGGAGCUUAUCUGUACGGGAGACAUUCGGCUACUGAAUAUCGUAUCUCUAUUACACCGCUGGGUUUUGUUGCGUAUAAUGGUUUCAUAUUGAAGACUGGUUUGUGUAACUAUAAGUAUUCUAAAGAGCAUUAUCCACACAGCCAGGGCGAUUAUAUUGACAACGAUUGUGAUGGUGAAACGGACGAAGAGAAAGAAGAUGGCGUCGAUAAUGACAAGGAUGGAAUGAUUGAUGAAGAUAAAGCUCUGCCUCCCCUAGGUAACAGCCAAUGGUCAGUGGUCUGAUUGGGAAUCAUGGCAAUGCGAAAGUGUUCUCUCCCGCUCAAAGAAACGAUUCAGAGUUUGUAAUAACCCCGCCCCUACGCACGGAGGAGUUUACUGUGUAAAUUUAAACAUCGACACAGAAGAUGCUAAUUGUGAACAAAUUAUGAAAGGAAUAA